AUGGCAAGCACCGAUUUGAAGUACGAGGUUUCACAAAACGCUUACAUCAAACUCGUUCUCCACUCCCUCAAACACCCCACAUCCGCCGUCAACGGCGUCUUGAUCGGCCGCAUCUCCCCUUCCAACGCCACCGUCGAGAUCACCGAUGCCGUCCCUCUCUUCCAUUCUCAAAUUCCUCUUCUUCCUCAAUUGGAGAUCUCUCUAAUUCUGAUAGAUGAAUAUUUUUCUGCUAAAGGGUUGAACAUAGUUGGUUAUUUUCAUGCCAAUGAGAGGUCUGAUGAAUUUGAACUCGGCGGUGUGGCGAAGAAUAUUGGUGAUCACAUCUCUCGUUACUUUCCACAAGCUGCUAUUCUAUUGUUAGAUAACAAGAAGCUUGAAGGUUUGAAGAAGAGUAAGAGUAGUGGUGCGGUAAUGCAGCUUUAUGUUAGGGAUGCAUCUAAGAACUGGAAGUUGGUUCAAUCAGAUGCAAACAACAGAUUCUCUCUCAAAGAGCCUUCUGCGAAUCUGAUAUUGUUGGACUAUAUUUCAUCUGAGAAAUGGCGCGGCAUUGUAGAUUUUGAUGACCACCUUGAUGACAUAAGCAAGGAUUGGCUAAACCCAGAGCUCUUCAACUGA